AUGGUCAUGGGCGACAAGAAGAGCCCGACCAGGCCAAAAAGGCAAGCCAAACCUGCAGCCGACGAAGGCUUUUGGGAUUGUAGCGUGUGCACCUUUCGGAACAGCGCCGAAGCCUUCAAAUGCAGCAUCUGCGAUGUCAGGAAAGGCACCUCCACAAGAAAACCUAGGAUAAACUCUCAGUUGGUGGCACAACAAGUUGCCCAGCAAUAUGCAACCCCACCGCCACCUAAGAAGGAGAAGAAGGAAAAGGUGGAAAAACAAGACAAAGAAAAGCCUGACAAAGAGAAGGAAAUUAGUCCAAGUGUUACAAAGAAGAACACUAACAAGAAGACUAAACCAAAGUCAGAUAUUGUGAAAGAUCCUCCUAGCGAAGCGAAUAGUAUACAAUCUGGGAAUACUACAACAAAGAUGAGCGACUCAAAUCACACUUCAAGACCCAGACUGAAAAAUGUGGACAGAAGUACUGCACAGCAGCUGGCAGUCACAGUGGGAAAUGUCACAGUAAUUAUCACAGACUUUAAAGAAAAGACUCGCUCCUCUUCCACGUCGUCUUCUACAGUGACCUCCAGUGCAGGAUCAGAACAACAGAAUCAGAGCAGCUCGGGCUCUGAGAGCACAGACAAGGGUUCGUCCCGUUCCUCCACGCCAAAGGGGGACAUGUCGGCAGUCAAUGAUGAAUCUUUCUGAAAAUUGCACAUGGAGUUGUGGAAACUAUGAAUCAGGGUAUGAAAUUCAAACACUCCACCUGCCCAUGCUGUUCAGAUCCUGGAGAGCCUCUUUUGUGCUUGAACACACACUUUCUUGGACAUCGACCUCUUACUGAUGCAACCAGGAUAAUUUCUGCUUGCCGUGGGCAUCUGGCCACCAAGGAAUUUCUCACCCUAACGAUUACUCUUGACACUUUUAUGUAUUCCAUUGUUUUAUAUGAUUUUCCUAACAAUCAUUUAUAAUUGGAUGUGCUCCUGAAUCUACUUUUUUAUAAUAUCUGCUGUGCACAAUUUUCCAUGAACAUUACAACUUUUUGUUUUGGGAUAGGGAGUGGGUGGGGAGGGAAGGGGGCUUUAUUUAUUGCAUUCACAAACUCCAUCCUCUCUCAACAUAUCCUUUUUAAGUUCAGUUCUUCUUCCAGUUAUACUGUGUACUAUCAGUUUUGAUAUAAAUUAUAUAUAAAUAUAUAUAUAAAUAAAUAUAUAUAAAGGGUUAUUUGAAACCAAUACAUGGAAACGCUGGUGCUUGAAACACUGUGAAGUGAAAAAAAAAUAUUGAACAGUUAAAGAUCCGGGACAGUCCCCUUCUGUGAAAGUGCUGAAACUGAAAUGGAACUGGUCUUAGGUGAAAAGCGUUCCUGAAGGUUUGAACCUAGAUGGGACCCAUUCUCUCGAUUUGUUCCUUCCCCGUUUCUUCCCUAAGCAAUGGCUAUAAGUGUACUGGACACAGUUUUGAUUUUUUUUUUUUAUACCUUGGGAUUUGAAAUCAGGAGAUUGCUCCAGAUAAAUGUGUAUUUCUACUAGGGUAACUCAGCUUGACAGCUUGCAGGUUCGUGUCCAGCUGGAGCGUAAGUGUUCAGAACUAGUCUGGUGCCAGCACGCCACGGAUUCACGCGUUUCGGUAACAUCAGCACUGCUAUGUCGUGCAUAGCCAACCCCCCAGAAGUUCGGUAUCCUUAGGUUUAAUGACUUUUAUCAGUUUUCCAGUCCUGUGUCGACGACUGAGGUAACAUUAAAACUGGAGCUGUUCGCUGUGGGUUUUGCUGCGCCCAGCGGUGUGCGGGUCGGUCAUCGUCCGCUCCCUCCCGCCUGUCCUGUCCGUGCUGCCGGGAUCGCUGUUCUGUUUGAAUUCCGGCCCUAUCCCAGGGAUGAUCUCUGAGCAGCGUGUCAUCUGGUGAGGAUGUUAGGCUUGUCCACACUAGGACACUCUGGGCAUGCUGCUGGGGAAGCAGGCGUAGUGAUGAGCUGCCCCGCUGGCGAGCCCGCAGCGCCUGCGACUCCUGCUUGCGCCCAGUAUCUCUUCGGUUGCGUUCUGAAGCUGUUCGGGCUGUAACUUCUUCUCCUGGCCUGUUAGUGUUGCUUUACAGUUUACCUUCCAUGCAUUAUCCUGCUAAAACACUAGUCUGAGGAGGUGAAACAAACUUUAAAAAAAAACAAAAAACAAAAAACACACCUCUUUGGCUUUUCAUCUUUGUUUAGUGGCCCCAGGGUGCCCUGCAGUAAUUUCAGGCACAGAGGCUGUGGCUUUAUUCGACAUCAAAUGCAUAACUUCUGGGUGUGAGGAAAGAGGGCCACUUCUUGACAACUUCGUGCCAGCUUGUUGUGUUGUGAAUUAUUUGCUUAGCAAGAGUGAUUUCUCUUUGUGGAGGCAAUGGAUUUGAAAUUUCCUUUAAAAUCGUGUGGUUUUGAGUAGCAGACGUAGGUUCCUUUCACACUAGCGACAGAAAUCUGCGAGGUACCAAUCCAUUACCACCUCCGCUCGAAGAUACGUGCGGUGGCAAUGCCUUUGUGGUGGUGGUUUUAUUCUGAGUACGUUGAUAUGGACACCCCAACUUAAUUCCGCUUAUAUUCACAGUAUAGGCUGUCUGUACCUUUUUAAGCAUUUUUGAAGUAUUUAUUAAAGAACCAAAGGAAAACAGAUGCUUCCUAUGAGCAUCAAGACAAUUUAUUAUACAUAGUUUUAAAUACUAUGAAUUUCUCAAUCCACAUUUUAACAUUAGUGGGAUAUUGCAAAGACAUUCCUUUUUCCAGUUUUUACUAUUCCUUUAAGGGUCUCAGGGAGGGUAAACUGGUCAGCCAUAUUUAUUUAUUUUACUGAAAUGUAUUGGAAUAAUUUUUUAAAAGAGAUUUUUUGAAGAUGCCCCUGAACUUGUAUAUUUUGCACUGCUUUAUAAAUGAUCCAUUAUCGAUUAGGCUUGCGUGCAUUUUGGCCGUGAUCCAGCAAAGCGUGUAAGCGAGUGGCAAGUCCCUUCAGCGGGGCUCUUUCUGGUGCUUAGUCAAACACGUGCUUGCAUUCUUUGUUGAAUCUGGGAAUUUGUGCAAAAAAAAAAAAAAAAAAAGCAUUGUGUGUACCAGGAAAUUGCUUCUUUUUAAAGUGAAUGGACCUGUAGAUUAGUUGAAAAAGCUUUAACGCAGUAACCAGCUACUCAUAGGCUACUGAUUAAGUCAGUGAAAUCUGUUUCUUUGGGUGUGCCUCCUUGAUAAAGUAGCUUACUAUACAUAAGUGGGAAAAUUUAUUUUGAACAAGUGACCUGUAAUUCUGCAUUUAGUAGAAAUUGCUAGCUAAGCGUUGAACUUACCCGGCCUCAUUCGUAGCUGUUGUGUUGUGGAUUUGGAGGAUAGCGUUUGCUUUUACACUUGAUUUCUGAAGUUAGCACCCCCAAGGCAUGUGUCUGGAAAUGGGAUUCCCUUCACACGUUGCGUCCUCUGGUUAUCCUGCUGUUGUUGGGGAGCAUGUUUAAAGCCAACCAAGCCAACAAAAACACUAGUAUAGAGGAAGGACCAGGCUCUUGGUAUUCAGUGGCACGGAAAGCAGGUAAGUAAAGCACAGUGUUACGUUCGCUAAGUUUCAACUUUUACACAGACACACACAUACACCAACACAGCUUGCCUGACUUGCUCAGUUUGACAUAGUUACGCAAAGGAGAAAUUAAAAAAAAAAAAAGGCAUUUUACACAACCAGGCUAUUUAUUUUAAUUGGAACACUUUGCUCGUUUUGAAUUGGACAGAUCUAAAACAUGGCAGUAGCUUCCGCGAGUUUAUUUCCACUGAGACGUCUUCACCUGCCUUACCAAGAUCAUUCUCAGUCUACUUUUUUAAGCUCUACCAUAAACUUAAAUUAUUGAAAAUUUAUUAAUUGCUGACUAUAUAAUAACCUUUGCUUGUAUGUAACCGAAUGGUUUUAAGAGCCAACAUUUAGAGUAUGACAAUGGAGCUGAACAGUUUUUAAUGCGCAAGCAGUUCUGUUCUUGUGUAUGACUUGUAACCUUAAUUUACUGUGUAAAGAUGGUUACAUUAUUUCCUUAGCUUUGUUUGUUGGAGACAAAUAUAGAAUGCUUGUUUAAGUAUGUCAAAACAUAAUCUUAUCUUGUGGAUUUUUAUGUUAAUGUAUUAUACGAGCUAUAUUUUUCAUUUGCCCAGAAAGACAGCUUGUAUAACGCUUUUGAAAGUUUUUCCGCUCUGUAAAGUCUUUAGAGCUGACAGUCCUGUUAGGUUUGUUUUAAUCUUCAUGCUAAAGUGUCAAUGGUGGUUUUGUGAACUGGUCAGAAAUUCACAGGUCUUAAAUGUUUUCGGGAAAUUUAUAUUGGACACUGCUCUUUGUCUAGCAAAUAAAAGAUGUUAAUAUAUUCCUGUUACUGGCAUGUGCACGACUGUUAUUAGAAGCCACUUUAUCAUUUU